ACGCGCCAUCUACUUUUAACGCGCAUCUCUUCUGGACAUUGCCAAUCCAGCGAAUUUGUAUACGGGUAGGGGAACCCCUUCCCCUCCCGUUAUACGCGAUAUGCGUGCCUAGGGAAAUCGAAAGCUUAAAUAAGCUUGGUAGUAAGUAUAUACACGUUAAAAAGUUGUGGAGGGGUGAAGAAUGUGUCGGCGUUUACAGUGAAUCGCAUUCGUCAUUUGCACUGUUGAGUGGACGGUUCGUAGGAAGGAGCUGGUCUCCAACACGCGAUCCGUUAUCUACGCGUACACUUGUAUGGAACCGUAAAUUUCCCGUGUGUUUUUCUUAUUAAAUACAAUGGCAGCCCAAGAGGAAGUCGGUAUCGGAGAUUUGGUUCUUCUGGAUGAGAUUACCGUGGAAAAAGUUGUGGAUAAUUUACGAAUCAGAUUUAACGGUGGUAAAAUCUAUACAUAUAUCGGAGAAGUAUGUGUUAGUAUUAAUCCAUACAAAAGCAUAAAUAUAUAUAAUAAUGAAUAUAUCAAUAAAUAUAAAGAUAGAGAAUUAUUUGAAAAUCCACCACACAUUUUUGCAAUCGCUGAUGCUGUUUACAAAGAAAUGAAACAGCAACGCAGAGACACUUGUAUAGUAAUAAGCGGGGAGUCAGGAUCCGGCAAGACUGAAGCGAGUAAAAUCAUUAUGAAAUACAUUGCUGCAGUUACAAACUUAAGCGGUCAACGGGAAAUAGAGAGAGUAAAAAAUAUUCUUAUUCAAUCCAAUUCAAUAUUGGAAGCCUUUGGAAAUGCAAAAACAAAUAGAAAUGAUAAUUCAUCGCGAUUUGGAAAGUACAUGGAUAUAGAUUUCAAUUUUAAAGGAGAUCCCAUUGGUGGGCAUGUUACCAAUUACUUGCUGGAAAAGUCAAGAGUUGUAUAUCAGCAGAAUGGAGAACGUAAUUUUCAUUGUUUUUAUCAGCUAUUGAAUGGAUGUACCGAAGCAGAACUGAAUAAGCUUAGAUUAGUAAGGGAUCCAGCUGCAUAUUUUUAUGUCAGUGCUGGAAAUUGUAAUAAGGCAAGUCCAACCGACAAAAGUGAUUACAAAACAGUUAACUCCGCUAUGUCCACUCUUGGAUUUACACAAAAUGAAAUACAAACAGUCUGGAAUGUUAUUGCAGGGAUAUUGCAUUUGGGUAACAUUACAUUUAAACUUGAUGAAGAUAAACUAUUCGUUCAAAACAAAGCUGCUUUAAAUGACACGGCAAACUUACUGUCCAUUAGUCCUCAGGAAUUAAGUACAGCUCUUACUCAACGAGUAAUAGCAGCAGGUGGAGAAGUCAUGCAAAAGACUCAUACCUCGACACAAGCAGAAUAUGGAAGAGAUGCAUUUGCAAAGGCUAUAUACGAAAGAUUGUUUAACGAAAUCGUAUCGCGUGUUAAUACUGCAAUUAAUGUAAAUGAUACAGAAGUUUAUAAGAGAUAUAGGACUGUGAUUGGAGUACUUGAUAUAUAUGGAUUUGAAAUUUUUGAUGUUAACAGUUUCGAACAAUUCUGUAUUAAUUACUGUAACGAAAAGUUACAACAAUUGUUUAUUGAAUUGGUGCUAAAACAAGAACAGGAGGAAUAUAAAAGAGAAGGAAUAGAAUGGCAGAGUAUUGAGUAUUUCAACAAUCAAGUAAUUUGUGAUUUAGUGGAGCAGUCGCAUAAGGGGAUAAUAGCCAUUAUGGAUGAAGCUUGCCUCAAUGUUGGAAAAGUUACAGAUGAAAUGCUUUUAGAGGCUAUGGAUCAAAAGUUGUUUGAUCACAAGCAUUACACGUCUAGACAACUGAAACCAAUGGAUAAAGAACUUCAACAUAAAAUUCAGUUUAAGAUUAAGCACUAUGCUGGAGAUGUGAUAUAUAGUAUUAAUGGUUUCUUAGAUAAAAAUAAAGAUACAUUAUUUCAGGACUUUAAACGUUUACUUUAUAAGAGUAGUAAUCCAAUAAUUAGCAAAAUGUGGCCUGAAGGAGCUCAAAAUAUCUUGCAGACAACGAAAAGACCUUUAACAGCUGGAACUCUCUUCCGCAAUUCAAUGAUAGCUCUUGUUAAGAAUUUAACAAGCAAAGAACCUUUCUACGUAAGGUGUAUAAAACCUAAUGAAGUUAAAUCACCAGUCGUGUUCGAUGAAGAGAGAGUAAAUCAUCAAGUACGAUACUUAGGUCUUGUCGAGAACGUGUUGGUUAGGCGAGCUGGUUUCGCGUACCGUCAACGAUACGAUACGUUUUUAAAACGGUAUAAAAUGAUAUCUCAGUAUACAUGGCCAAACUUUAGAGGUGGCAGUGAUAGGGAUGGUGUGCAAACUUUAUUGGACGCAAAAGGUUUUGGUAAUGACGUUAAAUAUGGUCAUACUAAAAUAUUUAUUCGUUCGCCUCAAACGCUUUUCGCGUUAGAAAAGGCACGAAGCGAUUUGAUACCGGGUAUUGUAAUAUUGCUGCAAAAGCAAUGGAGAGGAUAUUUAUGCCGUAAGAAGUACAAAAAGAUGAAAGCCGCUCUUGUCAUAAUGAAAUAUUACCGAAGAUAUAAGAUACGUACUUACAUUAAAGAAUUGGAUAAAAUCUUCCGCAAUGCAAAGAAUAUGCGAGAUUACGGGAAACGCGUAACUUGGCCUCGUGAAAAUUUUGCUGUAAGACACGUGAAACCUGACUUAAAGAAGAUGUACGAAAGGUGGUGGGCGUGGAUGAUUCUCAGACACAUUCCUAGGGAAGAUUGGCCUCAAUUGCGAUUGAAGAUGGCCGCGGGAAUGGUUCUGCGAUCAAAACGACAGCAUUGGGGACAAGACAGACGCUGGGAAGGAAAUUAUUUAUCCAAGUCAGACGAGAAUCCCCAUAAUAGUACUUUUAAUUCUUCGAUAAACAAUCUACGGAACACUGAUCGUUUCAAAACUGUUUUAUUCAGUGCAUUCAUAAAGAAAACCAACAGAUUCAAUAAGUCAAAGGAUCGUGUGUUGGUUGUAACCGAACAUACGAUAUAUAAACUCGACAGUAUUAAAUUCAAAAGUUUAAAGAAAGGUGUACCAAUAGCCGAAAUUACGGGCUUAAGUAUAUCACCUGGAAAGGAUCAACUUAUAACGAUUCAUUCCAAUCGAGGAAACGAUUUUAUCAUGUCGAUUAUUGCGAAAGAUGACAGAGUGGGAGAACUCGUUGGAAUUUUAAGUAACAGAUAUAGUCAAUUACGUUCGGCUGAUCUACAAGUUACAGUCGGUUCAAGAUUUAAAUGUAUGUUGGGAAACAAGAGCAAAAUAUUACGAGUAGAAGUGUUACCAGAGGUGCAUGAACCGACGUUCAAAAAGGACGGGGAUACCAUCAUAUAUGCCAUUCCACCAUCGAUUGGAAUCAUCGAGGACAGAUAGUUAAAAUAGCAUUAAAACUGCCUUCUUAGUCUCCUCUCGUAAACAUUACAGUUCAAUUACUUAUCAUAGAAACACUUUUGAAGCUUUUAUUCGUGCAUUUUGAAGCAUUUUUUUGUACAAAUAAGAUUACGUUAGAGAGAUGGUACAUUUUUAUUUAUAAAAUCGCAUGGCCAUAAAUACAUUUGAAAAAAUAUUGCUGCGAGUAACGACACAGACAAUCAAACGAUGCUUCAAUGUGGAAAGAGUUUAUCGAAACCAGUUCUUCUCUGUAAAUACGUAUAAAAAUAGGUAUUCUAUGAAUAAUGCGGAUCAUUUGCAAAUAUUGGGAGCGUUAUUUGUAUAAAUAACUUGUAAAUUAUGAAAUUGGAAUCGAUAUACGUAGCCUAAGAAACUUAAGACAGUAUUGCCUUAAAAGGUGUUUGUUAUCUAAUACGGUAAUCUUAAAUGUUUACUAAUGUGGCCUUUUACUUAAAGUAUUUUUCAAAUAUAUUUUUACACUGUCAUGAAAAUGUUAUACACCGCACGAAAGUUUAAUGAGACUUUUAUAAAAUUCAAAUUAUAUUUAUUCAAGAACUGAUAUAAGAUUCAUAAAGUUUAUUGAAAACGAUCUCUAUGUAGUUUAUCACGAUGCAUUUAAAAUUUUUUAAUAAUGUUACAGAUAUAUAUAUAUAUAUAUAUAUAUAUAUAUGACUUGAGAGAAUAUGAAACGCUAUAUACACGUUGUAAGAUGGUGCCAUUGUUAAAAAAUAAAUCGACGUUUUUACGUCUUCAUGGUAAUUUAUUUUUUGCAGAGAAAGAUUCCAUUUUAAGUGAAUUCCAUAUUAAUUGUAAAAUGAAAAAUUUCUGCUUGUUAGUUUUUACUGUUAAAGUGUAAUAGAAUACAUUUUUCUUUUAUACAAAACAAUUGUAUAAUCUAAUCGAUGCGUUGAUAUAGAUAUAUGUAUCCUAAUUCUUUUGGUGGAUUUUCAGACAAUGCAACCUGCAAUAAAUAAUUUAUAUGAGCAU